UGGAUUGGGUAAUAGAAAAUAUUCGGAUAACAAGUUUUGAUAAUAAUAACACCAUUUGCUCGAUUUUGUGAUGGCGUUAGCUUCUGAUUCUGCUAUUUCUUCUUCUUUUAGAAUAUUUAUAGCAAAGUUGACAGACGAGCUAACCGUGUCUGAUCUAAGGAAAUUAAAAUUUCUUUUGAAAGAUAAUUUACCUGCUGGUGUCAUAGAAAAAAUUAAGGAUGCUUACAUGUUUAUGGAUACCCUUGAACAUAAAGAAUUAAUAACUAGAAACAAUUUAACCUUUCUUAAGCAAAGUUUUAUUUUGAUUGGAAGAAAUGAUCUUGAACGCCAAAUAAAUGAGUUUCUUAAAAAUGAUCAACUUGGGCAACCAGAUAAAUCAGUUAAUGUUCAGAAAAACAAUAGAGAACUACAUCAAUCAUGUAAUAAUCAAUCAAAGCUUACUGUUAAUUAUGGGUUGCCAGACUCUUAUGAUAUACACACUAUUGGUGAAAAGACUAGUGAGUGUGAAAUGAUUUCACCAGUUGAAAGGAAUCUGUCAGAUGAAAGAAACAAGAAUUUAAUUCCCUCUCGUAAUCCUAAAUCCCAAACCACUCAACUAAGACUGAUGAAACCAGGUGAAUUUCUACCUUCAAAAUCCAACCAUAUGCAACCGUCUGAAAACAGUCUAGAAAUAUCUAUUCAAGAAACAAGACCUAAAUAUUCUCAGUCAUAUUAUGCAUUGAAUAGUAAUCCAGUUGGAAUCUGUCAUAUUAUAAGCAAUAGUUUUAAUGAAAUUGUUGAAUCUGAGGAUAAAAAAAUAUUGUUGAAGCGCACUGGUACUCAAAAAGAUGUUAUUGAGCUAGUAAAAAUAUUUUGUUGGUUGAAUUUUAAAAUCGAUCUUCAUUAUGAUAAAGAUGCUCAGAGCAUACUAGAUAUUAUUAAAAAUCCUCCUUUAAAUGAAGAAAAUGUUGAUUGUUUUGUGUGUUGUAUUUUGUCACAUGGUUUCCAAGAUGGUGUGUAUGGAGCUGAUGGUAAAAAAUUGGAAUUUAGCGAUAUGCAAGCUGCUAUUCGUGGCAGUUCUGCUAAAUGGUUAAUUGGUAAACCAAAGAUUUUUUUUAUUCAGGCUUGUCAGGGAAAUGAUAAUGAAAAUGAAGUUUUAAUUGCUGACUCCCCUACCUCUAAUGACCAAGGGCAUAAAACUUCAGAUGAUUCAAAAAGUUUAGCUGAUAAUGCAGAUUUUUGUUUUUCUGUGGCUGCAAAUCCAGGUACUGUAUCUUGGCGCAAUACGAAAGAUGGUUCGUGGUACAUUCAAGCACUGUGUGAAAUAUUAAAAGAAAAUGCUGUCAAUGAGUCACUAUUAAACAUGUUAACUGUUCUCAACGCUAGGCUAUGUAGUAAAGCGGGCGAACUUUCAGGCACAACGGCAAAGCAAAUAUCAACGAUACGAAUCAUGACUUUGACAAAGCUUCUUCGUUUCAAACCAUUUGGAACGUUCAGGGAACAAGCUUUUGAGUCAAGAGAUCUAUUAAGCCAAGUUGAACAAUAUUUCAAUAGUCUCAAGCUCGAUUAGCAGUCGUCAGCAAAUAUAUAGCUUUGUUUUAUUUUUAAAUACUGCGAGGGAGUUAAUAAUCUAAGUGAUAACGAUAGCGGUAAUAACGAUAGUUAAUCAAA